CUUCUAUCACAGGACAGUUUCACUCUACAUGUCUAGAUUCUGCAAGAAGUACUUAAUCUGCUUUUUUUUUUCUUAAUUUUAUUUUUACAAAAAUGCUUCAGAAAAUCUAAUUCUGUCUUCAAAUCACUGUAUGGACAAAAGCUAUCAGAAUCUCUGUUUCACAGGUGAGGAAAACCAAUCCGAUCAAGAUUAAAAUCCCAAUUCAAGGAAAAGCAGAAACUUGAGCACAUCUUUUAAUGUUCCUGUGGUUUUGGCAUAAACUAUUAAGAAUAGUUUCUCUGGGAUGCUGUCAGAGGUGAAAAUAGAAUAUGCUUUGAGUUGCAGACAGUACCUCAGCUGCAGCACUGCGGUGUGUGGACACAGGAAUUUUUCUCUUUAUACUUGCUAAAAAAUGUGAUGCAUGGGAUGGUCACACAGGAGAGAGAUUUAUUUCUCUAUUUGGUUUUUUAAUUCAGUGGUUCAUAUACUAUGGUGUUGAAGCUCAUUUUGGUGUGGAGAUCCAUGCAGCUCUGAACUUUUCCUUCAGCUUUGUAGAUUUUCAGGGAAGUGUGUGGUAUCUUUUCUUUGGUCAGGUGCCUUGAAAAUAAACUGGGAGAAAUAAAUAGGCACAUUUCUACUGUGGCUGUGAUAAGCGUAUGUAUGUAUAUAUAUAAUGGUAUUGUGUGUCUUGCUGUACAUAACAUUUUUAGGUGUCUGUGCAAGUAGGAGAUUUAUGAAGUGUGACUCGUUUUUCCUUCUCCCCCCUGUUCCAGUGGAAGAGCUCAGACUGCGAUGAGAAAAACUAGUACACGUUAUUAAGAAUUCUGAUAAAGUAGGCUGAAUAAAUUUGUUUUCUUUGUGAGCCUUAAUCCUGUGUUGUAUUGGCUUCUUGGACAUGGCUAAUUUAUUUGGAAUUCCAUUCUGUUCCCGACAGCAUUCCUGAUUAGCAGUUUGAUCACCCGGAGCAAAGUUACAUACCAGCUUUCAACUCUUGUAAUCUAGCAGUGUAAUUUUUUCAAAUGGACUCUUUUCUUUCCUUCUUUGCCCCAGCUCCCCUUCUUUUUGUGUGCAAAGAGACUUUAAAAGUAAGCAGGAUAACCUGCUAGUAGAAUGAAAAACUUCUUCAAAACACAAUGUAGUUUGCUGAAUGCCCGGCUUUCAUUUUUAAAUAGAAAAAUGAGGUUUGGAGCUGUGUCAGUGCAGCAUGUGAAAUGUUUACCUUCCAUCACACACAGAGGAUAACGGUUCUUUUCAAUAACUGCAUUUUAGGGGUGGUGUGAUAUAAUCUUCAAGUUCUUUCCAAGGUCUGUAGUUCGCCAAAGCACAUUUUGCUUGUGAUAAGUUUAAGAGAGUUUAAAUUGUUGGUUAGUAAAGCUUUUCACAUCGUGGACCUUGUAGGAAAAUGGCAGUUGUGUCAUUGUUUGCUUCCAUCUAAACUGGCUUAUGCUGUCAAAACAAAGGAUGCACAGGAAACCCAAAUUUAAUUGUAAACCAGAGGCAGGUUUUGAUCUGUUUUUGGUAGAGCACAGGAGGAGCAUCAUCCGAGUGAAACCAGAGGAAAUGGAGUCUGCAGCAGCCCCCCAAAUCUGCCAAAGGCGUGGAGUUACAGACAAGAGGAAAGGGAGUUUUCCGUCCUGUGACAUUUCUGGAGGUCCCAGUCUGGUUUGUGCACAGUGAGAAGGAAAAAAAGGUUUUCAAGUCAAGGGAGACGUGGGAAUAGCCCAGAGAUAGGUGACCACAGCACUUGUCAAAAGACUCAAACUGUGGUUUUAUGCAUGAGUGCCUUGACUGUAUAAUGUUUGGAGAGUGUCUGUUUUGUACUGAUCUUGAAUUUAAUGGAUCUGAAAAGCAGCUCUUGACAAAUAUUUUGUUAAAACUGAAGCACGUUUGGCCAGGCUUCUGUGUUUGAAAAACUGACGUUUCGGUUGAAACACUGUUUUGUCCAAAACAAUACUAAUCAAAUUCUCUCCUGAAUUUAUGUGAACUACUCAGCUAUUCUGAACUUUGUGACAUAAAUCCUAAAUAUUUGUUCUAGGCUUUUUCCUUUGAGUCGCUAAAUAUGUAUUUUUAUGUUUGUUCACAAGUAGGUGGACAUUUUGGAUAUCAUGAAACUUUUAAUUGACUGAUAUGACUAAGUAUCAAUGGCAUAUGUGUGAUCUAUUCUGCUGCUACCAGGUCAUGUUCUAAUCACAUUCCUAGGAAGAAAUUCCUGUAAAUGAAAGGGAACCAAAAUAUCUACUCCUAAGCAUUGCCACAUCCAGCAGCAUAUGGAGGUGAUCAUGGAAUGACAGCUCCAUAACUGCAGAGGUCUCAUCAAGUCUGUAUUUUGAAAUACAGAUGUCUUCAGGUAAUGACUUUUAAGACUGAUUUAUAAGUUUUUGCUUCAUUUUCUCCUAACCUUUUCCCCUCAUAUUCAUUAUGGGUUUUUUUUCCCUGCAAUCUGUGCGCUUUGUUUUGCAAUCAAAUUUCAGUUUUGACUGUGAGACCUUUGAGGAUGAGCUGGAGUUUUACGAAUACUUCUGGUUUUAUGGACACUGAAAUUAGUCUUGAGGGAAGAAAUACGUAAUAAAUGUAGUAACUUAUUUCUGUCCUUGUUUUUCUUGAUCAUGGAAAUGGGCAUGUUGAACUGACUGUGGUGGGAUUCUGCUGGGGAUUUUCCAGUAGAAAACCAGUGGGCAGGUGUUGACUUUGCUUUGGCUCAAUGCAACAUGGAAUGAUCUUGAUAUGUGCGUGUUAUCACAACUUAUUUGAAGCAGGAGUUGACUUUGAAUGUCAGGUUUUGUCCUCUAAAGCUGUGAAGACCUUGAUCUGGCUCUUUUGAACUGGCAUUUUGUUUCCAGUGUGAUGUGGAAUGCUUGUUCAGGAGAUUUCACAUAUGCAAACUGGAGCAAGGUGCCUUUUUGACUCUGAUAACUGUAGAAGGCACAUGAUUCUGAGAGAUAAGUGCUAGUCUUGAAUUUUUCUAUUUCUCUUAACAAAGAGCUGGGAACUUCUUAUUAGCCAUGCCAACUACUGCAACUCUUUGCUGUUUCAUUUGUAACAUGUCCUGAGUUUUGAAUGCGUGGCAAAAUGCAGUAAGUCACAUAUUCUCUUUUAUAAUUCUAAUUUAUUAAUGUUUCUGGAUAUAUUUCAAACUGAUGAGAACAGGGGGUGUUUUAUGAUUGAUUAUUGUUGUAUUCUCUGCUUUGUCACGUGUAACUUCACUUGAUAUUUUGAAAUUUUAGGAAUGUAGUGAUAUUUUAGGAGAUAGACUGCUUUGUAGGGGAACUGGAAAAUUAAAUGUGAAACCUGUUACCUUACAUUUUAAAGUCAACAAAACUGCAUAAUACAUAAUUAUUUUUGCCAAACUACCCUUCAAUGGGCACUGAUUACCAGGAUAAUUAAUUAUGUACUAAUUUAAAAGCAAAAUAUGGAAUUUUAAAAAUAGUUCCAAAUUAGAGGAUUUUUUUAUAAAUAGUUGUAACAGAACAGGGUAAUAAUGUUGGUUAUGUGAUGAAAACAUAUGUUAGUAAUAAAAUAUCACCCAUCAGGAAUACUGUUCUAUCAUGCCAUUGCUCUCUAGGGAGAUGACUAGUUGAGAAGUGAUUUUAACAAAAUGAACUCUGAACAGAGAGGAUGCUUUUAUGGGUGAUACCACACACAUUCUUCAAAAAGGCAAAUCAUUAAAAAAUUGGUGCCAGGAACAUCUGUCGUGUGAAAAAGUAAAAUUUUGGAAAAUCCAAAUAGUGAUUAUCAAUAUAUAGGCUUUGCAUAGUGCUUUUCCUCGCUCAUUCCCAGAAGGCUCUACAAAGAAAGGAAGAACAACCAUCCGUGUUAAACCGCGUUUUCCCAAACCCAGCCGCGCCAGUUUUCAUCUGGCGCAUAGAUUCGUCUUGCUUGUGCUGUGCCACGGAUUUUCUGUGGGAGGAAAUCUGCCCUAAGAAGUGAAAUCCAAGCAGGAAAGCGCUGUCCUUCCAUGCCCAGCAGCAUUCCUCCGUGUGAACAAACGCAGCCCCGCCAGGGAGUGCCAAGCCGACAGCCGUGGCAUGCGGAGCUGCCAUUCCCCGGCUUUGUGUGAGCCUGUCCCCAGCCUGUCCCGGUGCCAGGCGCCAGGGAUGUGCGCUUUCUGUUCCGGCUUUGACACCUCUCAGGGAACACAGGGCUGAGAAGCACUUGUGAGCCCCGGGGAGGAGGCACCUGUUCGCUUGGCACCGGGAUGAACCCCCCAGUUCAUUCCUCGCGUGCCCUUAAGUAGCCGCUGGGCUUCUCUCUGCGGAUGGUUUGGGCUGGAGCUGGUGGCCAGGGCAUGGGAUGUGCUGGAUUACGUGACAGCCCCGCUAGCUCACAUGGGAAUUGGUUAAAAUCCUGCUGGUGGUUUCCAGCAAUCCAGCAGGAUUGCACCGGGGGGAAGGAAGAUGGUUGUCACCAAAGAUGAACUUUCAGGUGCAGCCAGUGACAUCCAUCCAGGUGGACAGAUAUUGCUUUUCUGGGAAAAGGCAGAUGUCAUUGCCUCAACCAGUACAUUUGCUAUUUUAUGUUAUUAGCUAAUUAUGUAUUACUAUUAUAAUUAUUAUGUUACUGGCUAAUGUUAUUAGCUGUUAUUUUACAGCUACAAAGUGAGCCAGCUGCCCAAGUGAGUAUGUAAUGUAGAGCCCCUGGCUGGAGCUGGCAGUGGUUGUGUUUUAGCAGGUAGAGCCACUGAACAGUUUGUCAAACUGUUUUUCCAGCUGAAAUCCCCUUCAGCUCUACUUGUCCAGGCCCAGGCAAGGAAUUGCUUAAACAUCUAUAAAAGUUCCUUGUUUUCUUCUUGAACUGGAUCCUGGAGUUGUACUAAUUCUGACGAGGCCUUGGCAUCGACAAGGACCCCAAGGCGGAAAGUGCGGUUUCUGGGGAAAGGAGCUUGCUGGUGGAGUAAGUUUGAAAAGAUCGUAGCAGUUCCAGUAAUUACUCAUUUCAUCAACCCAUCUAUAUUUAAAGGGGAAAAUAAAAAAAACAAAAACACGCUCCUCCAGUGUUGUUUCCUGCAAAGACCAUUCUUAAGAGCUCGUUGGACAGCGCAGGACUCUUGAAGUGAUAGCUAAUUGGUGAAAGAAAGGCCCUGAUUGUCUUGAGGGAGCUGGAAAGUGCUGCGUGUGCUGCUGAAAGGGACUAGGGAGAAGGUGCCUGGUUUCGCUGAGCAGCUGCUGCUGGAGAUGUUUGGAGAUUACAUCAGCAUUGGAAAAAAGGGGCAAAAAAAAAAAAAAAAGUCCAACUUCACAGAGACGGAGUUUAUGGAGGGGUUUUUUUUUCCCCCCCUUCCAAAGGUCUUCUGACAAUACUGUCAUUGUCAAUAUAAGAGUUGUUAAUUCUUUAUGAAUAGCACAUGGGGCCUCUUGACUAAAUAGUACGUUACAUGUCCCAAAUCUGUCAGCUGGACUCUUCUCUCACAUGCUAGUGAGAUCACUUUGAUUGGAAUGUCAGAGGAAUUGCUGGGCUGGCCGUGCAGAACUGAAUACUGCAUUAUAUAAUUAGAUCUCCCAGAGUAUUUUUUUUCACAUUACCUCAUUAUUCUAGCUUAAAUAUGGAAUCGGCCCUUUUGAUGAUUUUGCUGGUUGUAAUUAUAUUAAUACGAUUCAUUUUGUGGUCCUGCCUUAGUGCUUAUAUAGAUUAUAAACUGUCCCGAAGGUUUCCUGACACAAGGAAAGAGGACUGAGAGACUUCAAAAGGCUUCUUCAGAUUUGAAUUGACAAUGGGGAGAGCUGGAUAAGGUAAAUGGAGCUAGAACAGCUCUUACCUUGGGAUCUGAUGAGAGAGAAAUGACGUGUCGAGAUUGCAACAGAGUGAAGAUUCUUCAGAAAGCCACGUGCUGACAGAGGGGAAGGAGUGACAACUGACUGAGUCAAAUGACUUCCUCUCCAGCUUGGGCAUGGAUUUAUUGUCGGGAACAGACCUGUGGACUUUUGCCAAUUAAAUGAUUUGGACGAGCUGGGGGGAAUCCUAUUGCUGGGCAGUCCAAGAGUGCAGUGGCCCAGCCUUGAUACAUGAGAUGUGGUGUGUGGUGCCUGCUGGACAAACUGCUGCUCUGCACAUUCAGGUGUCAGCUGACAUGGAGUGAGUUCUGACACCAAAGCCCUGCAAGGUACCUUCACUUCCAGCCUUAAAUAAGGACCUUACUAGGACAUGGAAGGAUUUGACUACGUGUCCAAGGCCAUAGUGACUUAGGAUUUUUUGGUUAACUUACCUUGCAAAAGGAGAUAAACUGUUCCAAGCGAACUGUCUCCUUUUAGAUGGGUGUUAUACUAAGCAAAACAUCCUAUAUCUUACUACAUACCCAACUCAAUUUGACAUCUGCUUUUAAGAACUGAAUUUUCUACCGUAAAAAUAGAAUGACUGUAUUGCUUUGCCUGAGGCCCAGUCACCUUUCUUUUUUAAACAAAAAAAAAAUAAAAAGUUCUUUUUUGUUUGAUAAAUUUCCAUGUCAUGUAAAAGUGAAGGUUGCCACUUUGUGUACUUAAUUCUGUAUCUCUUGGUAGCUCACAUGAUGAUGUCAGAGUUCAGCUACAGUAUUCCCAUCCAAAUUUUCCGGCCCAUUCAUGACUCUUACCUUCCUACAGGCUCAUCAUUAAUAACUGUUAAUCAGCCCUUAUCAUUUUGUGUUUUGAAGCCUCCUAAAACUCAGACAUGAGAGCUGGGCUGUGCUUAUGCAGCAGAACAGGGUAAAUGUCAGGUCAAUUGAUUUCAGCCUCAGAUUUUAUUUAUGGUGGAUGACCAAUGUACUAAACAGCCUGCAAUGCCUGAAAUGCAUGUCAUUGACUUGAAAUCCAGCCAGAUGACAAUAAAUUAAAUGUAGAUGGAACUAA